AUGGCCUCUCACGACUCACCUUCGAACGAAACGACCAACGCGCAGAACGAGAAGAUCAAGUUUAGAUUCUGUCGCGAAUGUUCCAACAUGCUCUACCCCCGCGAGGACAAAGAGACGGACCAGCUCAUCUUCCAAUGUCGCAACUGCCAGUGGCCCACCGCCGUAGGCCCGACCUGCAUCUACCGCAACGAAGUCAUGGGAAAUCUGAUCGAGACGGCUGGUGUCGUCACCGAUGUCGCCUCAGAUCCAACACUGCCCCGUGUCGAGAGAGACUGCAACAACCAACGAUGCGGAGGAAGAGAAGCCGUCUUCUUCCAGAGUCAAAUGCGUAAUGCAGAGACCGGCAUGAAGCUCUUUUACGUCUGCUGCGAGUGUGGCAAGACCACCACCUAA